AUGGCGACCUCGACAACUACCGCCGUUGAGCUCCUCCAGCUUCCCGUACAGACAAAUCGGUUUCAUAACAAUGCCAACAGCGAUGAUUCUCAGAAUGCCACGUCUGAUGAUGUGCUGGAGGCAUCUCGUUUAGCGGACUCUGUUGUGCCGGAUGGAGGCUAUGGUUGGGUCGUCGUUGGUUCUUGUGCUAUCAUUUCGUGGUGGUUUGUCGGGAUGGGAUACAGCUGGGGAGUGAUUCAAGGAGCUCUCGUGGAAAAGGGCCUUUCAACACCAGCAACUUUGUCAUAUGUCGGUUCCCUCGCCGUCGCCCUCAUCUCAUGCAUGGCCAUCCUCAACGCCCGCAUCAUCCGAGCCAUUGGCGCCCAACGAACCGCCAUGCUGGGAAUCCUCCUCCUCGGCAUAUCCGAAAUCAUCAGCAGCUUCACAGUGUCUAACCUCGCGGGCUUAUUCAUCACUUCCGGCGUCACCGUAGGCCUGGGCAUGAGCCUCUGCUUCAUGGCUGUGUCUGCUACACCGGCACAAUAUUUCAGCAAGAAGAGGGGGCUGGCAAACGGCAUUGUUUUUGCAGGAGGAGGCCUGGGUGGAGCGACGACGAGCUUCCUCCUUGAUGCUGUAAUUCAGCGACUUGGAACACCAUGGGCGUAUCGCAUUCUUGGAUUCGUAACGCUGGCAACUGGUCUUCCUGCGGCGUGGCUGGUCAAGGAGCGAUCGCCAGUCAAGACUGCGUCCUUUGUUGAAUGGCGCCUUUUCCGUGAUCUUGGAUUCGUCAUCAUCUUCGCUGCCGGUGCGAUUGCAACGUUUCCUCUCCUCGUCCCUCCCUUCUUCAUCCCUCUAUACAGCAGAUCAGUCGGGCUAUCAUCAUCUACCGGAGCUGGUCUCCUGGCUGGCUUCAACCUCUCAUCGGCUGCAGGAAGGAUUCUCUGCGGUUUCUUCUGUGACAAGUUCGGGGCGCUCAAUGUCUUAUUCUGCUCCCUAUUGAUCAAUGCCGUCACCAUGUUGGCACUGUGGCCUGCUUCCACGACUCUGGCUCCUUUGACUGUCUUCGUCGUUCUUAACGGUGCGGCGAACGGAGGCUUCUUUUCCACCAUGCCCACCGUGGUCGGCAAUGUCUUUGGAUCUCAGAGAGUGUCUGUGGCCAUGGCCAUGAUUGUCACAGGCUGGGGCGGCGGGUAUCUGAUGGGGUCUCCGAUUGCUGGAUACCUGCUGGACGCCUAUGGCGGAACAGGCAGCGGAUUCCAGGCGUACAGGCCUGCCAUCACAUAUGCGGGCUGCAUGGGCCUUGGAGCUACGGGUCUGGUGGCAUUUGCCCGAUUGCGGAAGAAUCGCUCGCUGAUUGCAAAAGUUUGA